UCUAUCCACAAUCAAACUCAACUUUUAUUAGAUCCCUUUUUGCUUCUCCUCAUUUAUCCUCAUCUUCAUCCCCACCAAACCCUAAUUUCUCUCUUUUACUUUUCCAACACAAAACCCAACAAAGAAGAUCGAAAGAACGUAAAACAAUCCAAAUUCCAAAGAACAGAGCAAGAAAUUCAGAGGACAUCAGUUCCAUCAUCAUGAGGAAUCCGAAUCCAUCUUCCGCGUCGACGAGCAAGACUACUACACCCUGUUGCAGCAAGGUGGGUAUAAAGAGAGGACCCUGGACACAGGAGGAAGACGAGCUCCUAGCCAACUACAUCAACCGGGAAGGCGAGGGCCGCUGGCGCACGUUACCAAAGCGUGCUGGGCUGCUCAGGUGCGGCAAGAGUUGCCGCCUCCGCUGGAUGAAUUAUCUCCGGCCAUCCAUUAAAAGAGGUCGUAUUGCUCCCGAUGAAGAAGAUCUCAUCCUCCGCCUCCACCGCUUGCUCGGUAACAGGUGGUCUUUAAUAGCUGGGAGGAUUCCUGGUCGGACCGACAAUGAGAUCAAGAAUUAUUGGAACACCCAUCUAAGCAAGAAGUUAAUUAGCCAAGGAAUUGAUCCAAGAACCCAUAAGCCUUUGAAUCUGAUAAACCCUAGUUCCUCCAAUCCCUCGCAAAAUAAUCCUCCCCCAACAUCAAACCCUAAUCCCAGCUCUAAUUCUUCCGAGUUAGAACAAACUGCAGCCAAAAUCACGACUAGAAACCCACAACAGCACUUCAAAACAACCAACAUGUAUUACCCAUAUCAAAACCAGGCACUUGUUGAUAAAACAACGGGAAAUCGGAGGGACUCUGAGGGUUUAGUGGCGGAUCUACCAAGUUCCAGCCACGUUCAAGGCAAUAAAGGAGAUUAUGUGGAGAAUUGCAAUGAAGAUAUCUUCUCUUCAUUUCUCGAUUCAUUGAUUAACGACAAUGUUUUUGAAAAUCAACAUCAACAGCAAGCUAACAUUGUGGCUUCUACACAGCAGAUAUUCAAUGAUGAGAACAUUUGGGAAGCUGAGGUGAUGUCUUCAUUGGCGGCAUUCGGAAAUGGGCAAAAUUCUUUGAACAACAUUCACCUUUCGCCAAACGUAUCUAGGCGAUUAACUAGCUAGGAAUGAAAUUGCUUUCCAACAUAAGGAGCUCAAUGAGGAUAAGUUGUUCGAAUGGGUACAAAUUUGCUCAUUUCACUAGGUUAGAACUCUAUUGAACCUAGAAUAUAUUUCUUUUAUGGAAUGGAUUUCUAACCUAGUGAGAUGCUUGACUAUCAGGAAAUAGAGAAUAGGUAGGAAGUUAGCUCCCAAAUUCUUUGAUUGGGGUGGCUUCUGUCUUUUUGUUUUUAGACCCCAUUGUUAGCUUUUGUUUUUCAUACCCUUGUACUCACUUAAUGAAAUUCUUUUUCUUUU